AUGCAGAUCUUCGUGAAAACCUUGACGGGGAAGACCAUAACCCUCGAGGUCGAGUCCUCCGACACCAUCGACAAUGUCAAAGCGAAGAUCCAAGACAAGGAAGGAAUCCCGCCGGACCAGCAGCGAUUGAUUUUCGCCGGGAAGCAGCUGGAAGACGGCCGCACGCUCGCCGACUACAACAUCCAGAAGGAGUCGACGCUUCAUCUCGUGCUCCGUCUCCGUGGAGGUGCGAAGAAGAGGAAGAAGAAGACCUACACCAAGCCGAAGAAGAUCAAGCACAAGCACAAGAAGGUCAAGCUCGCCAUCCUCCAGUUCUACAAGGUCGACGGAUCUGGCAAGGUGCAGCGUCUCAGGAAGGAGUGUCCUAACGCAACUUGCGGUGCCGGAACUUUCAUGGCGAGUCACUUUGAUCGCCAUUACUGCGGCAAGUGUGGACUCACUUACGUCUACCAGAAGGAGGGAGCCGAGGAAUGA